CUGACAGGCGGUGUUGGCAAAUUUGACGAGGCAAAACGAAGCAAAAAAAAAAAAACCCGCAAAUAACAGUCAAACACAAUAACAAAUAGAGCCAUCUAACUAUCGGUCGCUUAUCACCAAAACGCAGCGUAUAAAGUAAUAAAAAAGACGAAGGACCGUUUCCGUAUCCCAAGGAGGUGGCCAAUUAGCGCUUUCGCUAUCCGCGCGUAACGUGACGGUGUUUGGUGUGCAGUGCACAAGUUGCGUGUUUGUUGUGUGCGGCUUACGGAAGUGUGAUUCACCGUACCGAACAAACGGAGUGACCAUUAACGGGCCAUUGCCGAGCUUAGUGCGUGUUUUUUUCGUGCUCGUGAAAGUGUGUGGAAGAGAGGAUUAGGAAAAGUCCAAGCUGCUGAGUAUCGGCCAAGCGCCACUACUAGAACCAGCCAAGAAGAUAACACAACAAACACCCCACUGUAAAGCCCCAAACAAACAGCCUCACUGUCAGCAUCGCACAGGAGAAGCGAAGGAAAAAAACAGUACACGUCAACAAUCCGAUCGCCCGCCAGCACGACGACAGGAGCCAGCAGCUAGAAGCAUUCCAGCACCUCCCGUGUGUGUGGCUGAUCGAUCGUCGACCGAGUGUCGCUGGCGGAAUACUAAACAGCGGCAACCACGGUUGGCCUGCUCUCCUCCUCCACGGAUCGGUUUGAGGAAGUCGAUUCGGGGUGAAAGUUGUACCGAGCGGCUGCUAGGUGCCGUCCACAAAUUCCCCCGCUCCAAUAGGCGUUUUGCAGUUUGCGCUGUUGCGGUGGUUGCUUUGUUUCGGCGCUACGUGCUCUGCCAGUUUUUCCUCAAUCGUGUGUGUGUGACGAGGAACACGAACGCGCACACCGACGGCCCGAACCAGUCAAACGAGCCGAGCAGAUUACCACCAACACACCAGCACGGUGGGCACUCGCUCGUGGCUCUCUGGCCUGUCCCACAAUAAACUGGUGCUGUCCGGCGGCCCAACGGUUCAGUCUUCGGUUGUACGCGCCCGCGGAAAGAUCGGCUCUAUCUGCGCGCUCCUCUGCUCGUGUGAGAAGAAAAAAAAAACGGUUCCACGGUACGGCACCACCACUACCACUCUCCUUCACUUCAUUUUCUGUUUGUGUUCGCGCGCGUGUUUGUGUGACUCUCUCGCCAGAACUGUAGCAAACAACCCAGCAGCACCAACAUGUGCGGUAUCUUUGCGUACCUAAACUUCCUGACGCCGAAGACGCGGCGGGAAGUGCUGGACCUGCUGCUGAACGGGCUCAAGCGGCUCGAGUACCGCGGGUACGAUUCGGCCGGCGUCGCCGUCGACGGCACCACGAUCGAUGCGGACAUACUGCUGUUCAAGCGCACCGGCAAGGUGAAGGUGCUGGAGGACGCGAUCCACUCCGCGGCGCAGACGGUCGACUUUAGCCAGUCGUGCGAUACGCACGUCGGCAUCGCGCACACCCGCUGGGCGACGCACGGUGCGCCGAGCGAGGUGAACUCGCACCCGCAGCGGUCGGAUGACACGAACGCGUUCGUGGUGGUGCACAACGGCAUCGUCACCAACUACAAGGACAUCAAGAAGUUCCUGGAGCUGCGCGGGUACGCGUUCGAGUCGGACACGGACACGGAGGCGAUCGCGAAGCUGGUGCACCAUCUGUGGAAGCAGCACCCGAACUAUUCGUUCCGCGAGCUGGUCGAGCAGGUGAUCCAGCAGCUGGAGGGUGCGUUCGCGCUCGCCUUCAAGUCGAAACACUUCCCGGGGGAGUGUGUGGUGACGCGGCGCGGUUCCCCGCUGCUGGUGGGCAUCAAGGCGAAGACGAGCCUGGCCACUAACCACGUGCCGAUCCUGUACGGGAAGGGCCAUCGGCACGGUUCGUCCGGGAAUGUUGGAGUGGUUGAGCCGACGCCGGACAAUACGGCCGACUUUAUCAAUCCGGGCGAGGAGGUGGAGUACUUCUUCGCGUCGGACGCGUCGGCAGUGAUCGAGCACACGAACCGGGUGAUCUACCUGGAGGAUGACGAUGUGGCGGCGGUGAAGGACGGGGCGCUCGGCAUCCACCGGCUGAAGAAGAGCCAGGACGAUCCGCACGCGCGGGAAAUCACCACGCUCAAGAUGGAGAUCCAGCAGAUCAUGAAGGGCAACUAUCGGUACUUCAUGCAGAAGGAAAUCUUCGAGCAGCCGGAAUCGGUGAUCAACACGAUGCGCGGGCGGGUGAACUUCGAGAGCAAGAAGGUGACGCUGGGCGGCAUCAAGGACUACAUCCCGGAGAUUAAGCGCUGCCGGCGGCUGAUGCUGAUCGCGUGCGGUACGUCCUACCACAGCGCGGUGGCGACGCGCCAGCUGCUCGAGGAGCUUACCGAGCUGCCGGUGAUGGUGGAGCUGGCGUCCGACUUUCUCGACCGCAACACGCCGAUCUACCGGGACGACGUGUGCUUCUUCAUCUCGCAGUCGGGCGAAACGGCCGACACGCUGAUGGCGCUGCGGUACUGCAAGCAGCGCGGCGCGCUGAUCGUCGGCAUCACCAACACGGUCGGCAGCUCGAUCUGCCGCGAGUCGCACUGCGGUGUGCACGUGAACGCGGGGCCGGAGAUUGGCGUCGCCUCGACCAAGGCGUACACCUCGCAGUUCAUCUCGCUCGUCAUGUUUGCGCUGGUGAUGAGCGAGGAUCGGCUGUCGCUGCAGAACCGCCGGCUCGAGAUCAUCGAGGGGCUGCGCAAUCUGGACGCGCACAUCAAGCAGGUGCUGAUGCUGGACCAGCGCGUGCUGGAGAUUGCGCAGGACCUGUACCAGCAGAAGUCGCUGCUGAUCAUGGGGCGCGGCUACAACUUUGCCACCUGCAUGGAGGGUGCGCUCAAGGUGAAGGAGCUGACGUACAUGCACAGCGAGGGCAUCAUGGCGGGCGAGCUGAAGCACGGACCGCUCGCGCUCGUCGACGACACGAUGCCAAUCGUGAUGAUCAUCAUGCGCGACCCGGUGCACCAGAAGUGCAUGAACGCGCUGCAGCAGGUGACGGCCCGGGAGGGCCGCCCGAUCAUCAUCUGCGAGGAGGGCGACCGGGAGACGAUGGCGUUCGCGUCGAAGGCGCUCGAGAUACCGCGCACGGUCGAUGCGCUGCAGGGCGUGCUGACCGUCAUCCCGAUGCAGCUGCUGUCCUAUCACAUCGCGGUGCUGCGCGGCUGCAACGUCGACUGUCCACGAAAUCUCGCCAAAUCGGUCACGGUGGAGUAAUGGAUAUUCGUGUUUUGUGUGUGUUAUGUGUGUAGGAGCAGUGCGUGUGAGUGUGUGUGUGUGACACCCAAUGCGAGGGGGAAGGAACAUUACAUUACUGCGGCUGGAACAGGCGGCUGAACGCUAGUAGAGAACGCCGUGUCGUUUGCGAAUUUGUUUUUCCUAUUUUUCUGAAUUAUGUGCACGCACCCAGUAGCUUUUAAGUUGUUCUCCAAGAGAGACUUUUUUAUUACUUGUUGUUGAAAACCCGUUUCUAUCGUGUGCUAAAAGCGAAACACUACCCUCUCUCUCUUACUCUAAUACAGGGUUUUGUUGGGAUUCUCAUAGCUGUGGGAUACUUUCCUGUAGCUUUCUCAUGGGAAAUCAACUUUAUAUGAUGAGAAUGGCCCAUUUUUGGACACUCAUUGGAAAUUCCUAUUGGAAUUUCCAAAAAGAAUGCUAAAGAGUCCAAUUCCUUUCACAUAAAGUUAAUUUCGUGUUAGCAAGAGUCAUGAAAGUAUCCCACAAGUAUGAGAACCCUUGAAAAACCCUGUAAGACGCAGUAACAGUUAGAAAAACGGAAGUUAGAAUCUGUUUGGCGAAGAGAAUGAACUAUUGUAGAAGUUAUUUGAAGUCACCGUUACGUGCAAAAAUCUGAAUUUUGGGCGCGAGAAAAUGAAUCUUAAAAUGAUAAAUGGUCGGUGCCACUACAAACACUAUCAUUGCAUCACACUAGUAGCGCGUGAAUGGAAGAUACGAUUAGCGGCCUUAGGGUUCGCGCUGUACGUUGAGAGCAUUUACCGUCUCUUAUUUUUGUUUUAUCAAUAAGCUCUUUUUUAUUACUUGCUACCCUCUCUCCUUAACCCCCCCCCCCCCCCCUCACUUGCCGCUAGCUAUCUCUACAUCGGGUGGUAAUGGCAAGCGCUAUUGUAAAAGGGCUCCCAACACACAACAGACAGCUGAGGCGUCGAUUGAUGCCUCCACGUCCGCAAAAGCGUCGUCAGCAGUGAGUGUGCAGGCAGUGUGCAAACAAACACCCUUAGGUGGGUGGCGGGUGGUGGAGGACGCCAGCACCAGAGCACACGAAAACUAGCUCGAAACAAUCCGCCCUGUGUCUGUCUGUGUGUGGUUGUGAAGCUGAGUGAUAAGCGCGAACACCACACAUUGGCGCAACUUUAUCAUUUGCAUCAUUUACAGCGAAUUGAUAGACUUCCCCCUCGUUCUCCCACCCACCCUGGUGUGUGUGUUUUGCCGACCACAUCCCCCCAUCCCGUUCCCUGUUUGACGCUAAUGUACAAGGGAAACGUCUUUAGUCAUUACCUUUUUGCGUCUAUGCGGAGAUAAGUUUGAUUUUGGCCUAAUUUUGGCCAUCGUUUCUCCCUAUCCCUAUCUUCCCCUCGUCCUCCCCCUAAAACAGCUUCCCUUUGACGGUGGCCACACAAUUAGUGGUCAAUUUUGCACAAUAAAGCAACCCGUAUCUUCGAUCAAAUCGGACGGCAGAAAGCGUCAGCAACGACGCGGCGGCAAGUGUCUUUAUUAACAGCAACAAGUAAAACAAAAAUCCAUCUAGCUAUUGUGUUACACUUCUAGAAGGAAGACAGGGAGUUUCGGCAGAAGUAGAUUUGAUUAGAAAGAGUGGCGCGCGCACGCCACCCACCGGCAGCGUGCAAAACGGCGGCACGCCACGUGUCUGUCGGUCCGCCAUGUGUUUAAUCUCGCGCAAAAAGUGGGUUAAGAUCGACGCAGGAGUUUUUCCUUUUCCCUACAUACUUCUUUAUUGUUAUAGUUUUAUGUUAAACACACACACGCUUUUGCAUUGAACAGUUUUUUUGACGUGCAUUUCGGAAUUAAUAGUGAAAGAGUGUGAAAAGGAAAAAUAAUCAAGACGAACUAUUCGGGAGUUGACUAAAUUUAAGCCAAAAA